AUGCUCCCGCCGUCCAACUACUCGUACGCUGCCCGCCAUGCUGCGGCCGGUGCUGGGUCCGCUAGCAAUCCCAUCCACAUCGACUCCCCACCGAAGCCGAAACGAGCUCGGAAGACAAAGGACCCUAACGCCCCUGUGCCCGAGAAGCGUGGCGCUAUGUUUAAGAAGGUCUGCCCUAAGAACAUCAUAGAAAGGGCUGUGCGUGUGAGAGACCAGCGGUUCUACAUGAUUGAUCGAAGGCGACGGGGCAACGAGCUUAGGGAAGAGUUCAGCGUCCUCGGCUCGACUGGCAAUGUGUAUAGUGUUGUUAUUGACAAGAAGCCUUCUUGUACUUGCCCGGAUGCUCUUAAGGGUAACCAUUGCAAGCACAUUCUCUUUAUAUUCCUCAAGGUCCUCCAAGUCUCUCAGAAAUCUGGUCACUGGUAUCAGAAAGCGCUACUCACCUCCGAAUUAGAAGAUAUCUUUGCGCGCGCUCCUCGUGAUCCAGCGGCAGUUGCGCAUGAGCGCAUCCAGGAAGCAUACGCCCACGCCACCGGCAAGAACGUCGCUUCCGGCUCCCAGAAGACCAAAAGGCGGCUCCCCGGGAAAGAUGACAUGUGUCCGGUCUGCUUUGAAGACAUGGAGAGCGUCGACGAAAAGACGCUCACUUUCUGUGAUGAGUGUGGCAAUGGCUUACACAAGGACUGUUUCCAGCAAUGGAUGAAUACCCAAAUCAAUCAGGGUAAACCUGCUACCUGUACGUUCUGCCGUGCAAAGUGGAACGUUCCCACUGGGGCUGGCCCAGCGAGGGCUGGUCGCGCACAGAUUUCUGAAGGCUACCUCAACCUCAGCGCGGCCGCGGGGAUAGACCCUGUGCGAGACACUAGUUCAUAUUACCAUGGACCGACUAGAGGUCGUCGGUACUAUGGUUAUCAAGACUACUUCUGA